UUGCACCGUCUGCACUGCCUCUAAGCCGGGCCUCACAAUAUAGAAAUUUGUUAUUAUCUCCUCUGUUCCUAGCUUUUAAGUGUUUGUGAGUUUUCUUUUUACUUGCGCAAAAAGAUGGAAAGGUUUUGCCUCUGUGGACUUCCAAAAGGAGGUUAAUCUAUCUGUAGAGAGGAGGUCCUUCCGGAGCUUCCUAAACCACAUUUGAGACAGGGGUAAUACUAUUGUUACAUUCAACUUUGGAGCUGCCAAGAAAGAUUGAAGAAGUUGUUGGGUGCUUUACUGCUAUGGAUACUUCUGCCUUUAAGACUUUCUGGCCAAAUGCUGUCGGUAGGUGUGGACUCUUAUAAUGGAUCUUAAACACUAAAACAACACAUCUUCUACAGAUCAGUUGCGGGACAAGCGAUUUCCAGAGGUGAUUAUUUGUUGAUUUUAUUACUUGUCUUUCUUUUAGUUUCUUCUGGAGGAAGGUGCUCUGAUCUUCCAUUUUGAUGGAGUUGUGUGUGUGUGUAUUUCCAAAAAUAGACACAUUAGAAUAUAAGAUUGAUGAAGAAAUGGAAGAGAUGGGUAAGAUGAUGAUCAAACAUUGUGGAGGUCUACCAUUGGCUGUUAAGGUGCUAGGCGGGUUGUUAGCUGCCCAUUACAUGUUAAGUGAGUGGAAAAGGAUAUAUGAGAAUAUUAAAUCUCACAUCGUUGGAGGAUAUGAAGACAUCGAUGGCAGUAAUAUCAGUUCGGUCUAUCAUCUAUUGUCUAUGAUCUUUGAAGAGCUGCCACUUUAUUUGAAGCAAUUCUUUCUCUACUUUGCCCAUUUUCCAGAAGAUUAUCCAAUACGUGUUUGGGAUUUGGCCUAUUUCUGGACAGUAGAAGGAAUACCAAGGCUAAGGUAUUACGAUGGAGCGACAAUUCGAGAGGUUGCAAAUGGAUACAUAGAAGAAUUGGUGGAGAGAAAUAUGGUUAUGUCGAAACGAGAUGUUGGUACUUGGAAGUUUGAAACGUGUCACCUACAUGACAUGAUGAGAGAAGUUUGUCUGCGUAAAGCUAAAGAAGAGAAUUUUGUACAUAUUGCAAACUCUCAGUCUCCUUGUACAUCUCGCAGAAUAGCAAUACACCAGCUUGAUACUUAUCACUCGAAGUGCAAGAUUCAGAAUCCCAAACUUAGAUCUCUCUUGAUUAUGAAAGAGCAAUUCAGUGAUAUAAAAUGGAUGGCAUCAGGUUUAUGUUUCACUAAGCUACAUUUGAUGAGGGUUUUAGAUCUCUCUUAUGUGAAGUUUGAAUUGUAUAAAUGUUUUAGUGGGAAGAGAGUGGUUUUCUCGGUGGGUGGGUUUCCUCAGUUGCAAAAGCUUCAAAUAGGGGGAUUAGAUAAUUGGGAAGAGUGGAUAGUGGAAGAAGGUUCCAUGCCACUUCUUCAUUCUCUGAAUAUUCAGGUUUUUCCAAAGUUAAAAGAGCUUCCUGAUGGACUGUGGUUCAUCGAUUCCUUAAAGGAAUUAAGAAUCUACACAGAUCAUUUGGAGUUUAAGGAGAAAUUGUCAGAAAAAGGAGAAAAUUAUUACAAAGUCCAACACGUUCCUUAUGUUACCUACAAUGAAUACAAUGAAGUGGGCUCCGGGCAAUUACCUACCAGUAAAAUAUUAUUUUUCAAGAUCUUAACAUAAUCAACCAAACAUAUCUAGGGAAAGGGGUGACUAGGUGAGGCAUGUUAUUCUUGAUCUCCUGCGCAGUUUUGUUCAGUGAGUUUCUUCUUAAGAGAGAGGUAGGGGUUUUAGAAACUCUAUCAGGUAUGACAAAAUCAUGUCUAUUAUUUUGCUGAUACAGAGAGGUCACUAUGUGAGGCAUGUUAUUCUUGAAUUAGUAUUAUUCUGUCUUUUGUAUUGUCUUUUAUUUGUGUUACAAAGUGACCCCGCUUGUGAUUCUUUCUUUAAAACUUGGUUGACGUUGAAAAAAUUCAAGCUAUGACCAAAUCCU